CAGGACCAGACCGCAUCCUUCGGCUAGAGCACGGCGAAGAUAGCGACGCGUCUUCCACCUCUAACGAGUGCGAGACAACAGCGGCCACAUGUCGUCGUCGACCUCUCAAAAUCUCCAGAACAUAUCGUGGUUUCAAGAUCUCUUCACUGAUGACAGGGUGACGUCCCUAUCCCGUCAGGUCUCAACACUGCGAGACAGGGUGUGGGAGUUGGAGCGUAAAAACACUCAACUAUCUGGUGAGAAGGCUAAUCUGGACAAGCAAUUAGAAGACACGACGAAGGCAGCUCAGGUGUUCUCAAGCCAAAAGGAAGAGGUGGAGAGGAGCUUACAAGAGUUCAAGAACACAGCCCAGGUGUACCAGGCAGAAUCAGAGGAGCAAAUUAAGGCAAAGGUGGAGGAACUAAAGGUGCUGAGGGUCCAGAAGACGGAGAUGGAUGUGAGGGUAGCAUCUUUGGAGUCGGAGCUCCAAGCAGUUAUGGCUAAGAAAGAGGAAUUGGAGGCCGAUGUCAUAGUGAAGAUGAGGGAAUAUGAGUUGGUGAAGGAGAAAAAUGAUGAGCUUCGAUCAAAAGUUUUGACUGCAGAGCAGAAACAUAGCCUAUCUGAAGCAGAGGUUAAGAGGCUCCAGAUGGAAUUGUGUGCAUUGGUGGAGGCGAAGGAGGAAUCUGCAAAGGCAUUUGAUUAUGAGAAGGAAAAAAUCAUAAAGGAAUCAGAGGACCUUAAGAGUAAGCUAAAGGAAAUACAGGCUAGCAAGGAUUUGCUGGAGGGUGAAAAUGAUAAGCUUCGAUCGGACAUUUUGAAUGCAGAGCAGAAACAUAUCCUAUCUGAAGUAGAGGUUAAGAGGCUCCAGAUAGAAUUGGGUGCAUUGGUGGAGGCAAAGGAUGCAGCUGUGAAGGCAUUUGAUGUUGAGAAGGCAGAAAUCAUGAAGGAAUUGGAGGAUCUUAAGAGGAAGGUGGAGGAAAUACAGGCCAACCAGGAUUUGGUGGAAGGUGAAAAUGAUAAGCUUCGAUCGGAGGUUUCGACUGCGGAGCAGAAACAUAACAUGCUUGAAGCAGAGGUUAAGAGGCUCAAGAUGGAAUUGGGUGCAUUGGCGGAGGCGAAGGAGGCAGUUGUAAUGGCAUUUGAUGCUGAGAAGGCAGAAAUCAUGAAGGAAACAGAGGAUCUUAAGUGGAAGGUGGAGGAAAUCCAGGCCAGCAAGGAUUCGAUGGAGAGUGAAACUGAUAUGCUUCGGUCAGAGGUUUUGACUGCAGAGCAGAAACAUAGGUCGUAUGAAGCAGAGGUUAAAAGGCUUCAAAUAGAAUUGGGUGCAAUGGCAGAGGCGAAGGAGGAAGCUGCAAAGGCGUUUGAUGCUGAGAAGGUAGAAAUCAUGAAGGAAUCGAAGGAUCAUAAGAGGAAGGUGGAGGAAAUCCAAGCUAGCAAGGAUUUACUUCAAGGUGAAUAUGAUAAGCUUCGGUCAGAGGUUUUGACUAUAGAGCAGAAACAUAUUCUAUCUGAAGCAGAGGUUAAGAGGCUCCAGAUAGAAUUGGGUGUAUUGGCGGAGGUGAAGGAGGUAGAUGCAAAGGCAUUUGAUGCUAAGAAGGAAGAAAUCAUGAAGGAAUCGGAGGACCUCAAGAGGAAGGUGGAGGAAAUCCAAGCCAGCAAGGAGGCGGCUGAGGAAGUAGGGCGCGACAAAAAUGCUCAGGCCGAUAAGCUGAGGGCUGAGUUGGAGGAGCUCCGUGUUUCUAUAUCGCAACUACAAGUAUCCUAUGAUGAACUUGAGGCCAAGCAUUCACAGUUGAAUGAUGAGAAGAAUUCGAUCCAAAAAGCAUUAGAUGCUGAAAAUGCUAAAGCAUGCAAGCUGGAGUCAAAAAUUGAGGCACUUGAGAACUACAAUGCUGAAAAGGAUGGUGAGAUUGGAAAACUGAAGGUGGCAUUGGAGGAAAAGAAUGGGGAUAUUGAUGUCCUCAGCAAGGACAUUGAGCUGCUACAUCUCGCAGUGGCUGAGGCGCAAAGGAAGAAAAAGUGUGACAUUUGGGCUAAUGUAUCAUCAGCAAGGACAUGCUUAUCAUCGUGCAUCUCGAAAUGA